AUGCAAACAGGUAAAAAAUCCAUCGAGGACAGGGCACCUUCAUAUUUUUUAAUCUUUUCAUCCGAUGCCCUGGUUGUGGCCAAACCACUUUCCCUGCUGGUUAAGUGCACGUACCGCUCCGCUAAUGUGCCCGGAACGGUUACGUCCCACGCCAGGCACCUACCGGCUUUCCAAAGAAUCAAUGUGCAGCCAUCUGGGCGUUUUCCAUUCAGCGCGGAAAUUCCCGAGAGCUCUUUAAAAACGGGUAUUGAAGCUUUGGAGGAAAGCCGGCAGAUGGCGCCAUCAAAUUCGCCCAAAAUGGAUGCAUCAACCGAGAAGGAUGUACGAAGGAAAUGCAUCAAUCUAGGCAGACUGAGGACGUUGUGGAUAAUGGUCAGCGCGUCGUGGACCGGAAGAUGA